AUGACAACUGGUUCUGAGCAAAGGAAGGUGGGACCCAGUGAGCUUCAGGGAGUGAGGAAGAAUGUGGUUUCAGAGUCAUCUUCACGACAAGGAUCAUCUUCUCAUGUCUCAUUUUCCAUUUCCAGGCCUUUAUCAAAUUAUAAUAAUAGGAUGCAACCUGUUCCAAGCAAAACAUGUGAUGGUUAUGAAAGGAAAGAGGUCCUUUUAGAGGAUCAUGAUCCAGUAUGGCUGGAGCUCCGACAUUCCCAUAUAGCAGAUGCUAGUGAACGCUUGCAUGACAAGAUGACAAAUUUUGUGUCCAGAAAUAAGCUGCUCAGAUGCAUGGCAGACGGUGGGGAGAUGUCUACUCGUGACUUGCAAAAGAUGGUUCAAGCAUUGCCACAAUAUAAUGAACAAAUGGACAAACUAUCCCUCCAUGUUGAUAUUAAUGGUAUUAUCAGGGAGAUGGGGCUUAGAGACGUGGGGCAAUUAGAGCAAGACCUUGUCUUUGGAGAUGCAGGAACAAAAGAUAUCAUUAAGUUUCUCAAAGAACAAGAUGCAACAGAUGAACAAAAGAUCCGAUUAUUAAUGAUAUAUGUAGCAACUCAUCCCGAGAAAUUUGAGACUGCUAAACUUGCAAAGAUAUUGGAGUUAGCAGAUUUGCUUCCUGAAGAUAUGAAGGCAAUUUACAAUAUGAGAUUUCUGGAGUCAGUACCAGAUAGUAUGACCAACUCAAACAGUGGCUUCCCACUAAAAUUUGAUAACAAGAAGAGGUGUGGUCUUAGAAAAGAUCGUCCUGGUGAAGAAGCGGCUUGGUAG